GCAUGCGUGUAUAUAUGAUGCGAUGAUGAUCGUUGGAUUUUUCUAGUGCAUUUGAUUUCACUAGAUUCAGCUUGUGACGCAAUAAAAAUGGCGUUCUUUGGAAUGGGACAGAGACCAAGUUCUAACGACACUAAGUUAUACGAUCUUCUUGGAGUCUCUCCGAACGUCGAGAGUAAUGAAUUGAAAAAGGCAUAUAGAAAGCUUGCCAAACAAUAUCAUCCUGAUAAGAACCCUGAAUAUGGAGAGAAGUUCAAAGAUAUCAGCUUUGCCUAUGAGGUGUUGUCAGAUCCUGAGAAGAGAGAAACCUAUGAUCACUAUGGAUUGGAAGGUUUAAAGGAAGGUAGAGGAGGUGGAGGAGGAGGUGGUAUGGAAGACAUUUUCUCCAGUUUUUUUGGUGACAAUAUCUUUGGAGGUGGAGGUCAUCCAUUUGGUGGAGGGAGAGGUUCUAGACGUCCAGGGAGAAGGAGAAUGAAAGGAGAAGAUACAAUGCACCAACAUAAAGUAUCUCUUGAAGACUUGUAUAAUGGGAAAGUAGCCAAGCUGCAAUUGAGUAAAAAUGUAAUCUGCACUUCUUGUGGAGGCGUUGGGGGCAAGCCAGGCGCUAUGCAACCCUGUCGUACAUGCCAUGGUAGAGGUAUCAAGGUGACUAUACGAGCACUAGGUCCAGGAAUGGUCCAACAGAUGCAAUCUACUUGUCCAGAUUGUAGAGGAGAAGGUGAAAGGAUUAAUGAGAAAGACAGAUGUAAGAAAUGUAAUGGAAUGAAAGUGAAUAAAGAAUCAAAGAUCUUAGAGGUUCAUGUUGAUAAAGGAAUGAGAGAAGGUCAGAAGAUAACAUUCAGAGGAGAAGGAGAUCAACAGCCUGAUGUUGAAGCUGGUGAUGUUAUUAUAGUGUUAGUAGAGAAAGAGCAUAACCAGUUUAAACGAGUGGGUAGUGACCUCUACAUGGAACAUACUAUUGGAAUCACAGAGGCGCUAUGUGGGUUCCAGUUCUCAUUAACACAUUUAGAUGAUAGGAAAAUUCUCAUCAAGUAUCCUCCAGGAAAAGUCAUCCAACCAGGCUGCAAACGAGUUGUUGAAGGAGAAGGCAUGCCUCUAUACAGGAAUCCAUUUGAAAAAGGAAAUCUCAUCAUCAAGUUUAAUAUAGAAUUCCCACAGAAUAACUUCACAUCAGAAGAAAAGUUGAAGGAGCUUGAGCAGCUGCUUCCUAGUCGGCCUGAAACAGUCACACCAAGUGAAGAUUCUGAAGAGGUAACAAUGCUAGACUUUGAACAGAGUAAUUCAACUGGUAACUCUCGUGAAGCUUACCAUGAAGAUGAUGAAGAUGAUGAUCACCCAGGUGGAGGUCCCUCUGUACAAUGUGCACAUCAAUAACAGUAGAUGGACUGGAUCAGUUCUACUGUGAAUCUGGCUUGAAUGGAAAGCCACUCGAUGAGGGCAGUAAGAAAGACAGCUUGAUCAACUACUAUAGAGUACCGAAGUGAUGAUGUAACAAAAUGUUUUUUUUUUAUCCCAUAUUUUGGCAGAACAUGAUGAAAAACAUCCACAACCAAAAUUUGGUGGGAAUCAGUCCAUAGGUUCCCCAAGUUGUGGCAAUAUGAAAGCAGUGUAAAUCUGGCGUGGUUCAAAACAUGCACCAUGCCAAUUUACACUGAUAUCAUUUGGGCACUGAUUUGUCUGGCUCUACAAAUUGGGCCACUUUUCAAAUUUUUGAUAGAUGGAUAUUUUUCAUUAUGCUCUGUACUGAACUUUUGUCAUAAAAAUACAGAAAAACACGAAGAAAAUUGAUGGUGUUACACUUAGGUACUCUAUAGAUCAGUGCCCAUUGUAACUCUAGUUUUUUUUUAUAAGGGUUUUAUAUACCCAUGCCAUACAUAAUUUGGUAUUUUAAUAUAAUCUGUCUGAUUAAAAAAAAUGGUCAUUAAACUAUGGAGUGUAGAUAUUUUCCCUUCUGUCCAUAAAAUUUAAAAUUGAGUACAUUGUGCAUUUUGUCUCGGGAUUUAGACCCUUAUCAUAAAUCUGUAUUGGUUGAAGAAAUUCUUUUCUUUAUCACUGGCUAGUAAAUGAUUUAAGAACUUCAUGUGACAGAGUUAGAUUCAAUCUCUUACUCAAUUCUUAGCACUUUCCUUUAUUCAGGAUGUAGAUUUACAAUCCAUUCACAUUUGAAGACAAUAAUGAUAAAUGUUGAAAAAUAAUGGUACAGUUAGGGAAUUCAGAGUACAGGGGCAGAUAUCGAAAGGGCUUGUAAACCAUAUGUAUUUGUAUUGGUGGGGGCGGGGCAGCAAAAAGAUAUUGUGAGGAUAAUCUGAGGUUAUGCCUUGGUUUAUAUGGUUCUGUGCAUUGUACUGUGGGCCUUGUACAUGUAACAUGGGAUAAGUAUCUUAAAGAGUAUAUGUUUUUCAACGGUGAAACAAUAAAAUUUAACAGUACAGGGGAUAUUGGGUCUGAGAGCAAGCACAUGUUAUGAGCCUCGCCCAUGUAUUCUGGAUUCUCUGAAGAAUAUGUCUCAAGGUAAUCAAAUCUCAUCCACUGUCUCGAUAAGAGUUGUUGAUAUUAAGUAAAUUAAAGUAUUUGCAUUACUUGUUCAUUGUACACCGUUUGGUUGAGUUGGG